CCAAUGAGAGGAGGUCCUGGACCAAUGAGAGGAGGUCCUGACCCAAUUGGAGGAGGAUCUGGACCAAUGAGAGGAGGGCCUGGACCAAUGGGAGGUAAAUUUGGACCAACAAGAGGAGGUCCUGGUCCAAUGGCAGGAGGUUCUGGGCCAAUGACAGGAGGAUCUGGGCCAAUUGGAGGAGGAUCUGGACCAAUGAGAGGAGGUUCUGGACCAAUGAGAGGAGGUCCUGACCCAAUUGGAGGAGGAUCUGGACCAAUGAGAGGAGGGCCUGGACCAAUAGGAGGUGAAUUUGGACCAACAAGAGGAGGUCCUGGUCCAAUGGCAGGAGGUUCUGGGCCAAUGGCAGGAGGAUCUGGGCCAAUUGGAGGAGGAUCUGGACCAUUGGGAGGUGAAUUUGGACCAACAAGAGGAGGUCCUGGUCUAAUGGCAGGAGGCUCUGGCCCAAUGACAGGAGGAUCUGGGCCAAUUGGAGGACAAGGAUUUGGGCCAAUAGGAGGAAGUUCUGGACCAAUGAGAGGUCUUGACCCAAUGAGAGGAGGGUCUGGAGCAAUGGGAGUAGGGCCUGGACCAUUGGGAGGUGGAUUUGGACCAACAAGAGGAUAUCCAGGUCCAAUGGGAGAAAGUCCAAUGGGAGGAGGAUCUGGGUCACUAGGGGAAGGAUUUGGACCAAUGCAAGUAGGUCCCAGACCAAUGAAAGUGGGAUCAGGACCAAUGGAAGGGGGUUCUAAGCCAAUAGCAGGACGUUCUGGGCCAAUUGGAGGAGGAUCUGGACCAAUGAAAGAAGGGUCUAUGCCAAGAGAAGGAGGAUCUGGACCAAUGAGAAGAGGUCCUGGGCCAACUGGAACACAACCCUGGUCAAUGAAAGAAGGUCAUGGACCAAAGCUUUAUCCUCACAGGCCAGAGAAAGAAAGUUUUAUGCUAAUAGGAGGACAUUAUGGGCAGAAGAAUGAGAGUUUUAAGCCAAGGACAGAACAUCAUGGGCCAGAAAAUGAAGGUUUUGGACGCCAAGAUGAAAAAAGAUCUCAGUCUCCAGUUGUGCCUGGUCAGAUGAGGGAAUCAGAUCGUGACCAGUCUGGACUUCAAUUUGAGAACAAGAACUUUAAUAGUGUAAAUGACAGAAACGAUGUGGAACAAGACGUCCCAGGCUGGCCAAAAAAUGAUUUUGGAUCUGCGGGGCCUUUAGAUUUUGCUGCAAACAGAGAAGGAACACAUAGGGGAGGACAACUUGGGGGAGAACCACAUGGGGAAGGACCACACAGAGGAGGACCACAUGAAGGAGAACCACAUGGAGGGGAACCGUAUGGCCCACCCACUCCAGACUUCAUCCCAAUUUUUAAGGUGGACAAUAUUACACUCCAGGGUCUAAAUUUCACUUUGCCCCUGAAAAAGGGUGAAAAUAUUUUCAUUCUACCAACAAUCCCAGGGUGGCCAGAGAUGGACAGCAAUGCUCCUCAGGCAUAUGGGUACGGACCUGUCUUUGGUGCUCAGCCCUAUGUGAAGAUCGUCUACAACCCCAGUGCUUCGCAACGGUUCUCAUUUGAAUACGGAUUUAUGCAAUUUCUUCCAUCUUUCCUAAAGGCUGAAUCAGAGGAGCUUCAAAAUGCAGUGGUGUAGAGAGAACAAUAAGAGUACAUCAGGCACAGCUGACACCAGACACCCAGAGAUCUUCAAUCACUACAACAUAAACGAUUUUACACAUUUGUACGAUCAUGUAUUUUAGAGUCCUUUGUUCAGUUUAUUUUUUGCAACUCAAACUUAUUUAUCCUAAUGUGUCAGUGAUGUAGAUGUCUGUAUUGGUGUACUCUGCU